CAGCGCCUCUGCUAUUCGUUCGGAGUGCUUGGAGGAAAAGGCUGGCACCGCAGUUCCGGGAUCGUUUUACAAAUCUGUGUUUUCAAGAGUGGCAUGCAUAUUCAACCCCAUUCCUGCUGUCAGUAGUGUAGCACUUAGUGGGUAAACUUGAUCACAAUGGCUCUUCUUGUGGAGCAUCAGUUCAAACAGCUUCCUGCCGACAAAAAGGUGGAAACCAGAUCAUUCUUAGAGUCGGUUUCAUAUCUUCCGCCAUUCUUUGAUUGUCUUGGUUCCACCAUUUUCGCUCCAAUCAAGGCCGAUGUUGCGGGGAACAUCACAAAAAUCAAAGCGGUUUAUGACAGCAAUCCCACCAGGUUUAAGACCCUGCAACAGAUCGUAGAGGCAGAAAAGGAGAUGCAUGGAUCAGAGUGGCCCAGAGUUGGAGCUACCUUGGCACUGAUGUGGCUGAAGAGGGGACUAAAGUUCAUCCAAGUGCUCCUACAGAGCCUGGUGGACGGGGAGAAGGAUGAGAACAACCCAAACCAUAUCCGUGUCAACGCCACCAAAGCCUACGAGUUAGCCCUGAAGAAGUACCACGGAUGGCUCGUGCAGCAGCUCUUCAAGGCCGCUGUUUUUGCCGCCCCUUAUAAGUCUGAUUUCCUGAAGGCCCUCUCCAAAGGACGGGAGGUCAAAGAAGAGGACUGCCUGGAGAAAGUCAGGCAGUUUCUAGUGAACUUCACUGCCACUGUCGACGCCAUCUAUGAGAUGUACACCAGGAUGAAUGCAGAGCUAGACUACACAGUGUAGUGAGUGUCCGUAGCUUCGCCUCUGACUGGGCCUGAUGUUUUACAUGUUUUUCGAACGUCCUUGUUUUCGCAGACGCGAGAGAACGGGUAAAGAGUCCUGAAAAAAAAUCAGACCUAAAAUAAGUUAGGGAAAUCACCUCCAGUCAAAAAUAUAAAUUUUUAUAAUCUUAUUUUAUUUAUAUUAUGACAUUACUUACAAAAACAGAUCAAUCCUGAAAAUAUACCGUAUGGUUAUAUAUGGUAUGCAUCAUUAACAUCACCAUGAAAAUACUGCUGUCCACAUCUGAAAUACUAAAGUGAAAUAGGAAUUCUAUUCUAUAUAUUCUGAUGGCCAAGCUUAGCAACAGUACAUGAGGGGUGAUUUUUGCCCUCUGAAGCAGUGCCAGGCUGUAUUUUCAAAAAAUGUAAUGCUAGUAACCAAAAUCAUCAUGGAAUUCAGGCAUCCAUAGGUGUGAAUCAAAUCUUUAGGUUAAUACUUCUUCUGUGGUAUUUCCUAGGUGUGGCUCCAAUUCGCAAAAAAUAUGGCCCGAGGUUUGGUGGAUUCCUCUGGUUUAUAAGACAAUCUAUUUAGGGAGGGAUCCGAGAUCCGGUGUUGUAGUACACAGACCCAGUCUACGCCGUGUCCAUCUCCUCUCUGAGUGUCUUCAUCUGCAAUUAUUGAUGAUGUCCUGCAAUCAUGCUGUUAACCAAUCACCAAUCUGUCUCUGAAGUCUCCAUCUGUCUCACAGGCAAAACACUUGAAACAGUAAGUGAGCACUUUAACAGAAUAGAGACCUUGUUGUUCAUGGAAUAACUGAAUGGUUACCAAUACCAAAAAUGUUGUAUUUAUUCUUUUUAUGUCAUUACUGUAAUCAUUGCAAUGCUAUAUUUAAUAUAUUAUGUUAUGUAUUUAUUGGAAGUAACUUUUCUUACUUGAGAAACCUAUUUUGCUAUUUAAAAUAAUCUUCUCUAGCUAGUACUAGUAGGAGUACUAGUACUAUUCCUGAAAACUCAACAUUCCAGUUCCAGGGGUUUGUGUACGUUUAGUAAUCGGUACAUUGAAGUAACUACAGAAUGAUUGCAUGUGUGGAGAUAGUCGACUGACUCUUAUCUUGGCUAUUAUAUUACUUAGGUAGAUGUUAUUUUAACCAGUUAUAAUCAGAUUGUGUUUGGGAUUGAAAUGACAAAGUUACCUUUUGAUAGUAAGGUUAUUGGUGUAAGAACACUAUUGUUGACCUUAUUGAACCAGGCAAUUACAUUGUUGAUUACUCUCAUGUUGUGAGAGUCUCAUG